AUGACGGGCGAUUCUGACGCACUUCAACGUGUGACGACCCCGACUUCCCUGACUGGCACCACGCAGUUUACCGAAGCACACACAGUGUCAGGAACACAGGGCAUUGCAUUUGCAGAAAACAUCAAACAACAACGUGAAGAAGCUCGUCGACGACUGGAAAAAGAUCGACGUUUUGAAGAAUUACUUCAAAAAAUUGCAGACGAAUCACAUACCCACGACGCCGAUCACCGCUUCAGUACGGAUACCACCUCCGCCGAUGGCGACGAUAUUAUGCGACAACCUGUCGAUAAAAGUCAACUGACACGCGAACAGCGGUAUCGCAUUGGAGGAGCCGAAUACCGAGCCAUUGAUUUCCUCACGAGUCUUGUCCCCACCUAUUACUUUGGCUUCAUGAUUCUGUCUGCUUUCUUUGUUCGAAUCUAUAUUGCCGCCUCCAGUUAUGCCCAAGACGUCUUGCGCACCUCCAACCCUACUCCGUCCGAUCCUUGGUUCUUCUCGUUUUUUCUCAGUAUUUCCGCAUUCAACAACCUUGGCCUUUCACUUUUGGAUGCUAGCAUGGCGCCGUUUCAAAAUGCACCAUUCCCACUUAUUAUUUCCAUUAUUCUAAUUUUAGUGGGUAACACUGCAUUUGCCAUUCUGUUACGAUUUAUCAUCUGGUGUUUAUGGAAACUGACGCCGGCGUCACGGUCCAUGCGCCGGGAAACCUUUCGCUUUCUACUUGAUCAUCCCCGUCGUUGUUACACGACAUUAUUCCCUUCCACACAAACUUGGUGGCUUUUGAUUAUUCUGAUCGCCAUCACCUUGGUGGAACUCAUCUGUUUCCUAGCCCUCAAUUACUGGCUACCGGUGCUGAAAGGAAUCACUUGGGGUUCGCGAUUUCUCGACGGUCUUUUUCAAUCGGUUGCAACGAGAAAUGCUGGAUUCAGUGUGGUAUCUCUCAUGGAUCUUAAUCCGGGCACCCAACUCGUUUACAUUGUUGCCAUGUAUAUCAGUGUAUACCCUGUGGCCAUCUCCAUGCGUAACAGUAACGUGUAUCAGGAACGUGCUCUUGGCAUUUUUCGUGGCGAUGAUGAAGAUCCCAUGCGAUUUACCGAACAAGAGUUAUCCGGUCCUGCGCCAUUUAUCAAACUCCGUCGCCAUCCUACCAUCAAUAGUGUCAUGACAACGUCGAAAAAAGUGUUGCGAGGCCCGGAUUUCUUUGUCGUGACUCAGAUUCAGCGACAAUUGACCAGUGAUAUUUGCUGGGUCAUUGUUGGCAUCUUUUUGAUCUGCGUUCUUGAAAGCGAAGCCAUCAUGUCACCUUCUCCGGUCACGAUUGCUACAGUGAUCUACGAAUGUGUUUCGGCUUUCGGUAACGUCGGUGCGUCCACAGGAUACCCAAACACCGUUGUGUCUCAAGCAGGCCAGUAUCGCACAUUAAGCAAACUUGUUCUUAUUCUAUUGAUGUAUCGUCUGCCUGCUGCGAUUGAUCGUGCCGUUUUGUUACCGUCGGAACAACUCGAAGAACGUGAAGCCGAGGACAGCAUGCUUCGACGACGCAAUACUUCAUUUACCCAAGGCAGUUCCAUGCCCAACGUUAUUUUCUACAACCGAUCCAGUACACUUUAA